AUGGUGCCCAAAUCCACCAAGGGCAAGGGAGGGGCCAAGGAUGUCGGAGCGACGGAACCGCCGGAGAGUGCUCUAGCGGUGCAGCGGACGCAGUCCGCCUUCUUCCCCUCGACAGUGGAUGUGGACGCGGAGACGCUGGCCCAGAGGGUGAAAAGGGACAAGACCUCGGCGGGCGGCCAACCCCCGGCUGUGGACCAGGAGGACAUAGACGCCAUCAUCGAGGACGUCGCCAAGGAUGCCGCGGUAGAAGCUGAGAAGGUCGCCGCCGAGGAGUCCGCCAAGGGUGCUGCGGAGGGCGCCGCCAAGGGGCCUGCCGAGGAGUCCGGCAAGGCUACUGCCGAGGAGGCCCGCAAGGGGCCCGCCGGAGACUCCGGCAAGGCCGCUGCCGAGGAGAAGGCCCAGGAGACGGCGGCGGGCUUGGCCGCGCUAGCCGAGGCCGCACGAACCCAGCACCAGGCCGCGCUGAACUCCCAGGAGGAGGACCUCGCCAAACACGAGGCGGACCUCGACGCCAAACUCUGCGCCAAGGACAGGGAAGUGGAGAAGCUUGUCAGGCAGCGGACCCAAGAGCUGGAGCAGAGGCACAGGGAGGUGCUCGAUGCCCAAGCUCUAGUUCACGCCGGCAAGGGCGCGGCCGUCAACAAGGCCGGGGAGCUUUCCGAGGCCAACAACUCCAUCAAGGACCUCAAGCGGAAGCUAGAGGGUCUUGAGGGGAUGCUCAGAGAGGCCAAGGCCUGGGAAGGGACCCUGGCCAAUGAGCUGGAGACCGAGAAGCAGCUGCGGAAAGAACGAGGCCGCCGAGCACAAGGAUUCCGCGGAGGGCGUGAACCGCUGGAUCGGCCGUCUUGA